CGGGAGUCAGGACUCGGAGCCGAAGGCUGCGGCGCCCCCAAUGCGCGCCACUAUCUUUAUAAUAUGACAUUGAUACCGUAGUGACUACGGAGAGCUCGUGCAGCUGACAGUUGACCAAGAACUACAAAGUUCGUCCAGGUAGCUGCCUGAUGGUGGUCCUGUAUGGCUUCAAGCUCCAAGACAGAUGCAAAGGGCUUCCGCAUUCGACGUUAUGUUCUGCUCUCCAAACGCCUGUUCUUGGUGAACCUCAGGCGCAUAACCUUGUCGCUGGCAGUGCUUGCUGCGUUCUAUCAGCUUUGCUGGUUCAUAAGUCUUCGUUUGGACCCAGUCAAUGACACAAGUAGCAACCGCUUCCAAGGAGAUGGAACGCACAAGCGCCAAGGAAGACGGGAGACACUUCACGAAUGCAGCGGGGACCAGUUCUUUCAUCAAGAAACAACAUUGGCAUCUCCUUCCUCCUGUCGCUUCGUUCCACAUUCCAUCCCAGCCAUUGGCAAAACGGACCCCCGUCUAAAGAGACCGAAUGACUUCUGCAACCAAGAUGAACUCUGCGCGAUGCAACUAGAGCAAGUGUGCCUGACCCGCCGAGACCUGAGUCCGCCGCACCCGACCGCCAGCUCUUAUGAGGCAGGUCAGCCCUACAUAGACGUAGUAGGACUAGGUCGGGAGUGCGCACAGGUGCAAGGACGGGCGGCAAUGUAUGGUGGUCGCUCGUGUUGGCACAUGGGGAAACGGUUGCCGAUCAACAUGGCGGGUCCCCUUCCAGAGGGGGGGGUGCUGCAGCCCGAGGGACAGCGUAUCAUCUGGAAGCCAAAGACGUUCAUUGUGUACUGCGCACAAGAAGGGUGCGACUACAACUUUUUCCACUCGAUGGGGCUCGCUUAUUACUCCACUUAUGUUGCCUUGCAAAAGCUGGGGCUCGAAUCCUUAGAGGGGAUCCACGUGGAAUUCUACGAGUGUCUCUCCGGGAAACCGAACGAAAUCAAGAGCCCCGAACUUAUUGCAACAGCCCGAGAACGGCACACGGUCUUUAUGGAAGCAUUCCGCCCCGCGAGCAUCAAUUUCGUCGACAUCGAACUGCAGAACACAUCGCAGCACUUGGGAUGUUACGAGAGCGUUUACUUUGUCGGGAACGAGGGGUGGCCGUGGCACUGCCGAACGACCGACACGAGCGAAGACCCCAUGCUCGCCGGGUUUGUUAACCUCGUCACAGAGGCGCUCGGGUUUGGCAGCAAACCGCCGCUCCCGGAAAAGGACCGCGUGUUGUAUUUCAAGCGGGAAAACACGGUCAGGACGCUGCUCAACACGAAGGAAGUCGAGGCGGCGUUCCCGGUGCCGUAUUCGAUCUACGCGCCUGGAAGCAGUACCCGAACGUAUAGGGAACGGCUGAGGGAGAUUAUUGGCAUGACCAGGAACGCGAGCAUCAUUUUCGGGAUGCACGGCGCGGGGCUGACGAACGCGAUUUUUGCGGCGCCGGACGCAGUCGUGAUCGAGGUCACGAACUGCUACUGGCGGAUUCCGCUGUACCGGAACCUGGCCGUGCUGACCGGAAAGAACUACCUGGAGUCGGUCGUUGCACUCGACGAAGGUUGCAAGACUCUUGGGGAGAACCCGGAGUUCAUGGAGCAUCAUGGGGAGCACCUCACGAUUCCUUUGAAUGACUUCGCCAGCGUUUUCGACCAGGCUCGGAUCAUCCUGCAGAGGGCGCGAAGCAGACAAAGACAUACGGCUCGAACUUUGUGAUUCUUUAGGGUAGGUAUUACUUAAUUGUGUAGCUCGCGCGUAGCUUUGAAAAUGUGUAUAGGUACAGCAUCCAAACAUAAUCUUUUGCCAUAAUUUGCCGCAGCCAAGGUUUUAAAGUUCAGUAGGUGUUUGAAUGCAGGCUUUCGCGCACCAAAACAUUAUCGACAAGCUUUUAUAUCAAAGUAGCUUUGCUGUAGUCUUGCUAAGCCGGCUGGUUGCCCCGCCGCAAUCGGAGACUUCUUGUAGUGGAUGCCGGCCUCGGAUUGAGGAGGUUAGGGCUCUUACCAAGUUGAAUCGAGUCUUUGAGGGCCAACGGAGAGACCUUCUCCAAGCUUAAUCUUUGAGUCUAUGCUGAUACACGUUUAGUUCGUUAGUAGACCGCCUAGCUUCACUGCGCUGCAAGUCCUCGCCGCGCGGCCAGCCGUAAAAUUAGGCUACAUACAUGACCAACGUUUGUCAACCGCAUUCUAGAGUCCUGGUCGCCGCGCA